ACACCACCCGCUUCAACGCCGUCAAAUCGACUUCCGCCCACAAUCCCUAAAAGAAACUUGCGCCCACCAAAUCACGCGUUCCCCACUCCGUUCCCCUCAUGUCCAGCGCCGGCGACCCCGCCGGUGCGGCGGCCGCGGCGGCGCCCAACCCGUCGGUGCGCGCCCCGAGGCUGCCCCGCUGGACGCGGCAGGAGAUACUGGUGCUCAUCGAGGGCAAGCGCAUGGUUGAAGUCCGCGGCGGCGUGCGCGGCGGGAGGGGGCGCCUGGCGGCGGCGGCGGCGGCCGGGGCAACCGGGGAGGGGGCGGCGGCGGCGCUGGAGCCCAAGUGGGCCGCGGUCGCGGAGUACUGCCGGCGGCAUGGCGUGGAGAGGGGGGCCGUGCAGUGCCGGAAGCGGUGGAGCAACCUCGCUGGGGACUGGAAGAAGAUAAAGGAGUGGGAGCGGGCGGCCGCCGGCGCGCGGGAGCCCUCGUUCUGGGCCAUGCGCAACGACGCGAGGCGGGAGCGCCGGCUCCCUGGCUUCUUCGACCGCGAGGUGUACGGCAUACUCGAAGGUCGAGGUCGGGGGGUCGUCGCCGGCAGCAGCUCCGGUGGUGGUGCCGCCGUGGAGGAAGUAGGGGUGGUGCGCAUGGAGGAGGAUGAUGAUGAGGAGACGGGGGAGGAGGAAGAGCAGAGAGGGAAGGGGAAGGAGGUGGCAGUGGCAGUGGCAGUGGAGACCGUGUUUGACAGUGGCCGGCCCGCCGGGGAGGAGGUCCUCUUCUCGGAGGACGAAGAGGAGGAAGAUGCUGAGACGCCAGAGGCGACGCCGGCACCACCGCCGGCGGUCAUCGCCUUGCCGAUUUCCGAGAAUUCGGAGGCAUCAAGGCAACAGAGCGCACAGCAAGGCACAACAAAAGACAGGCAAGGAGGGCAUCAAGGCAGCACCAAGACAGGAGGCUCACCGACUCUGCAGCAGAGCGGGCAGAAGAGACAGCGAACCGGCAACGACAGUGAGCCCAGAGCAGAAGGCAUAGCAGACAAGCUGCUGGAGAUCCUAGAGCGGAACAGCCAGAUCAUGACGGCGCAGCUGGAGGCGCAGAACAUGAACUCGGAGCGCGACCGCGAGGAGAGGAGAGAGCAGGCCAACAGCCUCGCCGUGGUGCUCGGCAGGCUCGCCGAUGCUCUUGGCAGGAUCGCCGAUAAGCUCUAGCUACCUGGACUGGAGCCGCAUGCCUGGACAGAAGAAGUUGGGUGUACAGAUUGGUAUAGGAGGAUGAUUCUCUCCUGGCAUUUGAUUCCUUUUUCUCUUUGUGAUGAACUGGUUCCGGAAUUCAGUCCGGAAGGGUGGGGGAUUUAUCAUGUACUGUAUGUAGGGUGAUAUAAGGUUAUAUAUAAUAUAUAUAUACUGUCAUUCAGGUGAUCUUAUUCUGAA